AUGUCUUUAACAAACUGUCGUUUCUAUGAGGAGAAGUACCCGGAGAUCGAUAGCUUCGUCAUGGUCAAUGUGAAGCAGAUCGCCGAGAUGGGUGCCUACGUAAAACUCCUCGAGUACGACAACAUCGACGGAAUGAUUCUUCUCUCCGAGCUUUCGAGGCGACGCAUCAGGAGUAUCCAGAAGCUUAUCCGAGUCGGACGUAACGAGGUCGUAGUGGUUCUUCGUGUCGACAAGGAGAAGGGAUAUAUUGAUCUUUCCAAGCGCCGAGUAUCAACCGAGGAUGUUAUAAAAUGCGAGGAACGCUACAACAAGGGCAAGAUGGUUCACUCCAUCAUGCGCCACGUCGCUGAGAAGACCGAAGUUCCUAUUGAGGAUCUAUACAAGAACAUUGGCUGGCCCUUGAACAAGAAGUACGGCCACUGCAUCGAUGCCUUCAAGAUCUCGAUAACGAACCCCGAUGUUUGGAAUGACAUCACCUUCCCCAGCAACGCCCCCACCAAGGUCCGAGCGGAUGUCGAGGUCACUUGCUUCGGCUACGACGGAAUAGAUGCUAUCAAGGCCGCCCUCUCUCAGGCCGAGGCGCGCGACACCGCCGAGACGCAGGUCAAGGUCCGACUGAACGACGGCAUCAAGAGGCUUGAAGAGGCCAUUGUCGAUGUCCGGGCUAGCAUCGAGGCGGCGGGAGGAAGGCUAGAGGUCAAGAUGGAACCCAAGGCCGUCACCGAGACUGAUGAUGCCGAGCUUCAGGCCCUCAUGGAGAAGAGGGAGAGGGAGAAUGCUGAGGUCAGCGGUGACGAGAGCGUUAGUGAAAGCGAUGACAACGCCCCCGACACGAUUUGA